AUGCCCAACCCUCUCAAAGCAAGUUACCACUUCCUAGCAUGGAUGCUGGACCACGACCAAGUCCCCAACGACAUCAGACGUAGUCUCGAACUCGUCCGAACAUGCGAUUCAGAUCUUCAGCAUCUCAUCGAGCUCAGAAAUGAUUGUAUUCAUCUCCUUGAGCGUCGCCCAAAGGUUCUUCGGCGCGUGCACACGAUUAUUGAAUCUGCACAGAAGGGACUCCAAGAAGUCUGUGAGAUUGUCGAGAAAUGUCGUCCAGAGAACGACAGAGGCUCCAGGACAACCUUUUCGAAGCGUAUGGCGUGGGUCCUUGUCGAGUCUUCUGAGUUCAAGAGCCAGGAACCUAUUGUUAGCCGGCACCAUGCUGCUGUGCUGGCUGAGUUGAACUUCUUGAGGCAGAUCGCUCUCAUGGCUCCUAUUGCUGAACCAGUGGAGCGUGAAGAGAAGAGAGGCACCGUGGUAGAUGCCACAGUAUUUGAUAAUGUUGCUCUACUGGGAGAUCUCUUGGGUGAUUUACCAACAUACGCCCCAGAGAAAAAACAACCAGAAACUCAGACUAUUGCACCCCAGCCGCCUAUAAUAGUCCUCAACGCAAAUACCAAACCACUCGCCCGCUAUGAAAUGCCCUCACUUCAAGUCCCCGCAUCUCUACAACACAAACCAAGCUCUCAGACAUUACACAUAGAACACGCCUGCGACUCUUUACCAGAAGUUCUUCCAGUUAACAUGACCAGUGCUACUCCAUCAAGAUCGCUCACCACAAGUUCCAAGUACGACACCAAAGAUCUAGUCGGGCUUUCUUUGCUUCUUGGAGACCCUCUCGAUUUUGAAAACUGCCCAACGCCAUCGCCAGAUUUUCAGAGAGAAGGCAUGAAGCGAGCAACGACAGUUCCAGCCCCAUACCAAGCACCACCCUAUGGUCCCCCACGGAACCACUCUGUUUAUAGCCAGCCAAAUCAACGGUUGUCGUACAACCCAGAAAACAGUGUCUCGGACUUGAGUCAACCCAGUCGAAACUCUUAUAGAUCAUCAUCGGCAUUCUCAAACAUCUCAAACCCUCUUCACCAUCGUCCGUCCUCCUUAUCCGUAUCUUCUUCUGCCACGGAGGCACCAAUCCAGCAAUGCCACAGCUGCUCCAACCGCUACCCUAGUCAGUUUGUAUGGACAAACUCGUCUUCUACCACCAUCUCUAUAGCAUCACCGUAUUUUCACGGAAACAACUCCUUACUUUCUCAACCGAUCGCUGAGUUGGAUACUUCUCCGUAUCAGAUGGUCCCAAUAGUUGAUGCACCAAUUCAUCAUGACCAGUCGGGUCAGACAAUGGCUGUGCAAGUUAACACAACACCUGUUGAGCUUUCCGCAGAGGAGGCACAGGCUGCCAAACCCAGCUUACGUCGUCAAACCAUACGUCUUGGUUCCAGCAGGCGUGGGCGUACACUUAGCGAGCCUGUCUCGUCAUUACAACAGCGGGGCAACAAGCGACCAUAG